CCUGUGUCUCUACACUCGCUGAGGUAUGCAUUCUCUCUUACGAUCUAAUGACCUUACUUAUGACUUGUACCAUAGACUCUGUCUUCUAGGUACAGCUAAUGAUAUAGCUCCUGUGUCUCUACACUCGCUGAGACUCUGUCCUUCUAGGUGAUCGCUACUGGUCGUAUCUCCACUGCGCGGUAUUGUCUGCGACACAACAACAUUCAGCCCGCGGAGCUGUCAAAAGCACAGUUUCGACGUCGGCGAACGGAUUGUAGAUCUGGGCCCCGAUUGAGUGGCAGAACAGAAGUCAGCGCGGGGAUCUUUUUGUGACCUACACCGCCCGAAGGUAGCCGUUGAAUAAAAAAUACUUGACUCAGCGAUUCUUGUUAGGAGCUGAGUGAUACUGCGGGAGACAAGAGCUGGAACGACAGAUUUCGAAGGAGAUACAUGACCGUUCCCGACAAUCGGGUUCCCAGCCAGCGGAGGUUUGAUAAGCGGCGGAGUCAACACCGAUUCUGGCAAAGGAAGCUCGCUGAAGUUGCUCACUUGACACGGAUUCGCAGAAGAAGCUCAUCCGGUCCAUGUGCAAGCCGAAACAACA